AUGGCGAGCAUCAGCUCACAUAAAGUUGCCGUACUCGUGAGAGGAGAAAACGGAUCAUAUGACUUCGAGCUCGCGAACAGGGAAGUACCAGCACUCCAACCAACCGAUUUGCUUGUGAAGCUCUCGGUCUCUGGAAUCUGCGGUUCUGACUUUCUCCUUGCCUCGGGAAAUGCUGGACCAACUCGAGACAUACUCGGCCAUGAGGGCGUUGGUCGAGUCGUCGAAAUAGGAUCUGAAGUUCCGCCUUCUCUGGCUGGAAUAGGAGCCAGGGUAGGUAUUGCAUGGGUGAGGGACAUAUGCGAGAACUGUGCGUUCUGCAGAAUGCCUGGCGGUCAGGGUGAAGGCCAUUGCUUGGAAAUGCUAUGCUCGGGUUUGAAAAGAGAUGGCACGUUCGCGGAAUAUGCGAUUGUGCCCUCUAGGUUUAUCGUGCGAAUUCCUGAAGGUGUGCCUGACCACUUGGUUGCACCCAUUCUUUGUGGUGGGGUCACGGCCUAUAAGGCUCUCAAAGUCAGUGGGGUUUCCUCAGGACAGUGGGUUGUGAUAUCAGGGGCUGGUGGAGGAUUGGGGUCCUUGGGCAUUCAAUAUGCCAAAGCCAUGGGAUGCCGUGUCAUCGCCGUCGAUGUUGGAGAAUCCAAGAGGGAGUAUUGCCUUCAGACAGGCGCAGAGGCAUUCUUUGAUGGACUAGAAUUUGAUAAGAGUGCAAUACUGGAACUGACUGGUGGUGGAGGAGCGGCAGUAAUAGUGACAGCAAGUUCAAUCUCGGCAUAUCAGGCCGCUCUGGACUUGGUGGCUCCAAAUGGAUCGUACGUCUGUGUGGGCAUCCCGCCACCAGGGAAACAAGUUGGCUUUGAUCCCAUCACAUUGAUUAGCAAGAAUAUCAAACUCAUCGGUUCGGCGGUGGGGACGAGACAGGAUAUCUGGGAUGCGAUUGAGUUUGUUGCACGAGGAGAGGUCAAGCCAAAGGUGGAAAUGGCACGUCUAGAGGACCUUUCGCAGAUUUCAAAGAAUUUCGCGCAGGCAAGUAUCCAGAAUGCAGAUGUUGGUACUCUUGACAAACACUGA